AUUUAUAUCGCUUGGCCGUCACAAUUUCAAACGGUCAAAUCUCCAUCCGACAGGCCCUGACAAAGUCCCCGAAGCUUCACGAUGCUGACGCGGUCGCGCUCCAAGGCGUCCAAGCAGCCGGUCUUCAUCGACGACAAGUGGAAUGACGCGUACAUCCAGACAAAAGACGAGCAGAUUGACGCCAUGUUGGCAGCUGACGCGUCGCAGCGUGGAUGGGACGAACUAGAGGAGGAAAACUCGGAGGCCGAAGACCCUGAUAGUGAUGAAGAUGCGUGGCAUUCGGACUCGGACGAGUCGGAGGACAAUGAUGAGGAUUGGCUGGAGAGACCUCAGCAGCUGCUUGGAUGGAGCUUCACCCAGCGGUGGGUGGCCGGUGGUGGCUGGGUGCAGAAUGUGGCCUGGACGCUAGCUGUGAUGGGUGUGGCUCCUAUGCUGCUAUACAUCUCAUUGCCCCGUAGCGACCAGCAAUUAUGGCCGCUGCAGAGUCCGAGACUCGCUGGUGCAUUAUCCAAAGCGCUGUUGAAUCUGCUGACACUCGCGGGCGUUGGAUUGGCGCUGUAUGGCGUCUCGUGCAGUGUGGAUUCUCUGGCGUUGACCAAUGUACUGAACUGGAGAGACUUAGAUCUGGAACCGCCUGUGGAGUGUGGUGAGAGAUUACUGCGAGGUGGUAGGGAGUUCAUUGUGGAAGCCUUGGGAGCGCUGUCUGUUGCAUGGAACCCUGACGCCCCGUUGAGACGGCUGGACGACGAUUUCUGGACGCUUGUGAAGAGUUUGGAUGCACCUGUGGUGCGCGAAUUGGCGGUGCUAUUGACUGGGGUUCUGGUGACGCUGACGUGUUUCCACCGCGUGUGGGCCAAGACGUUGGUGCUGUUGACUGCUGCGACUUACGUGGCAUUUAAUGUGAUGACGGAGGUGAAGAUGCAGCAGCGCGCAGCGGUCGAGAUCUUCUCACUUGAUCCCACCUUUGCCUUCGUCAACGAGAGCAUCUUUGUGGCAAUUGACGGUCAGAACCUAGAGGAAGGCGGCUCUGUGGCCUGGGCUCCAUACUGGGGAGGUGUACAACAGCAACAAGUUCAAUCCUGCCCAAAGCGUUUCCCGCAGCAGCUCAGCAAUGGUGGUGUACUUGUCACCUUUGGUCAAGUAAACGAAUACGUUCCGUGUUACCUCGGUGCGAAGGAGACAGUCUCUGCAAUUAUCGUGGACGGAGAGAUCCAGCCCUCGAAAGCUUUCCAGUGCUUCGAAAGCAUUCGACUGCGUGUGAAGGACCAGAAGAGCGUUCCUGGCUGGUCACUACACCAGCAUCAGCAAGAAGAAGAGCCUUUCCCAACGGAGAAGCACGAGUUGUGAUCUUGGAGCACUUGCCUUGAGAGUAAUUAGCCUUUAGUUUCUUUGUGAACAGCCUAUGACCGACGAAUUGAACCUUGUCGUGGUUUAAAAGAUUUAUGAAGAACUAGUAUACCUCGUUAGUGUGUCAUUUGCUUAGAUACCGCGAAGCUACAUAUACAUGUUUGGUGCGUUGUGCCUUCCGCGGUGUGGUC